AUGGCUUCUACUCCUCACUCAGAGUCCACUCCUGCGCCGCGCAAGUAUCCUGAAGUCCGAGGCCCAGGAAUCAAGAAGAUUCUGGUGGACAAUGAAGUGACUAGGGUCACGUAUUUCAAGUACGAGGACGGUGAGGGCGGCGGCGUUCACACCCAUGAAUACCCACACUUGGUCGUCAUGUUCAAUGACGGUCCGUCCAGAUCCAUCGAGAACGGGGAGACUGUGGUACUCGAGUCGGAGAGGAUGAAUCACGUCUUAGUACCUGCUGGAAAGACCCACGAGGUGUGGAAUGAGAGCGGGCAUACUCAGUAUUUCCUCGAGAUUGAUUUCAAGGAUCUUCCUAGAUAG